AUGUCUCGCACCACCCGGCCGCGAAUCCCACAUUUCUCCGCAAUCAUCCAAAUCGCGCUCCGUCUAGCGAGCCUAGGCAUCGCCAUCGCCGCCCUCGUAAUCCUAAUCGAAUUAGCCAUCAAAUACCCUGAUGCGAACAAUCACCAAGGCAAAACAUUUGGAGGGGCUAUUUCUACGGCCGUGCUCGCAAUCCUCAUGAAUCUCGUCGAACUCAUCCCCCUCUCAGAUCCAACCCACAAGAUCGAGCGACCGCACACUUGCCUCGUUGGCUUUGGGGACGUGGUCGUCCUCGGUGUUGGGAUUUAUGCGAUAUUCGAGAUCAUUUUCAGUGACUAUAGUCUUGGAGAUGCGCCGGUGGGGUAUCCGAGGCCAUGGCGGAGUAAACAGGAUCUCGCGUUUGAUCUGGUGAUUGGUCUGGUGGUUGCGACUUUCUGGGUUUUGAUACUUGACUGCGUGGGGGGAUGUCGACAAUCAAGAAAGUCGAAAAGGGAGAAGGCUGAGGCCAAGAUGUCGUCUCUUCCUACAGCUUCCGAGGAAGUGAAAUAG